CACGUCACGCAUACUCCUGGCAAUGCUGUGUCUGCGCGGCGAUUGCUAUCUGGCGUAAUAUUCCGCAAGCUAUGGCGCAGGACGAUGCCUUGUGCACUUAGGUUACUACACAAUCACAUUUCUAUUGUAUCAGACUCGGACGUUACUCAUGGAUGGGCUCGUCAUUUGCCUUCCUUCGCACUUGUCUCCCUGCUUCUCACUGAAGUCGAGGGUGCUGAGGAAUGGCGAAGCGCUUUGCUUGAGGUCAGGAAAACUUGUGGGUUUACAAGUAUUGCGCAAGUCCUGGCUACUCUAUGGGAAGAAUUCACUCGCGAUUGGUAGUUUGCAUGAGUCUGCGGCAUCUUUUGGGGAACCCAGAAGUGAAGACGACUCAGAGGAGCCACGGAUCCCCGAGAAUGAGGUUGAAGUAAGUGUGAGCGGAUUAUCGCCUUCAGGGCGAAUUGUUAACAGCGAGGAAAGUGCGCAGAGUGAGCUUCCUGUCCAGCCGUAUGCCUCCCCUUCCAGAGAGUACUUGCAGAGGCUCAGAAGAAGCGCUCAAUUUAAGGAAAUUUCAAAUGACUCUGUGAAACCUUGUUCGGAAGGGCCAAUUGAAGAUCUCAGAGUGUACGACAGUGUAGCUAGAGCGCCUUCCUGGACAGUAACGGUUUUGACGUUUGUAGUCGCAUUUUCUGCUGGGGUGGCUGUAGCUCAGUUCAGGAUAGAUUUAUUAUCAAGGAAGAAACAUGCCAUUGUAGAUGGAGGGGUACCACCGUCUGGAAUGGCGUCAGUUUCAUAUCAAGAGCAGUUACUGGGACACUUUCGAGCCGAGGAGGCUCCCGAGUCUGAACUCAAACCUGUCCUUGCUGAUGGCAGUGUAAUGCUAAGGACUGCAGCUGCAAAUGCCUUUCUCAGCAUGCAAGAUGCAGCGAGGAAAGACGGCAUCUGGUUGAUUCCUCUCUCUGGGUUUCGUUCUGUAACAUCUCAACAGAGUGUGUUUUUUGACGGGAAGGCAGAGCGUAUGCAACGUGCGGCUGAGCGUGCUAUGUUAUCUGCACCCCCGGGUUACAGCGAGCAUCACACUGGUUAUGCAAUCGAUAUUGGUGAUGCGACUGAUCCUGCUACUUAUUUCGAACCAGAGUUUGAUGAGGGAGCAGCAUACAGAUGGCUGGAACAAAACGGUGCUAGAUUUCAUUUUGAACUGUCGUUUUCAAAGGACAACUUACAUGGCGUCUUGUACGAGCCUUGGCAUUGGCGAUUUGUCGGGGAUGACCAUAGCCUUCAUACCUUCUAUGCUCAACACAAAUUAUAUAACAUCUCUGAUUGUAAUCCUUAGUUCUUGUUACAGUCCUUUCCAUCAGCAGCGAAGUGACACCGUCAUUGCCCUAAAACAAAUUUUCAUGUUCCGCUUACAGCGCAACCAAAGAAUAGUGUACCGACCCGUUCAUUAAUGAUCAUACUCUUUCUCCAGUUAGACUGAGCUGAAUAUUUUCACAAAUUGUCACAUUUUGACCAGAAAGCUACUGGCGUUGUGAUCAAACCCCACUUUCGCAUGUAGCGAAAACUGCGAAAGUAAAUAUUAUAGAAAUGAAUCUUCACAUAUUUCAAAUCUCA